CGUGAAAUUAGGUAACUAAACAACCCCGAAAAAUGCGUAUCCCGUACAUACCAGAAUGUUUUAUGUACCUGUUAUUAGCAACGUCUUAUAUUGAAGCUUACAACAUUCUCAUCCUGACACCCAUCACCUCGCCGAGUCACAGUUUUGUGUUUAAACCGUUGGUGGAAGCGUUGGUAGAACGUGGGCAUCUCGUUACCUACUGGAAUGGAUUGCAAUCAAGUAAAUCGGGUUCAUCAGACAGCAGGGGCAAAUUACGUCUUUUGAUGUCUCCGAAUCUCGUGAAGAUGAACACCCAACACGAAAUUGAUUUUAACGAUCGCGACAGCCAGUUCACUCUGUUUUUCCGAUUGCCACGCACAAUGGUGACAUAUUGCAGGGUUGUGUACGAAGAUCCUGUUUUUCACCAGCUGAUGCAUUCGAAGGAACGAUAUGAUUUGAUUAUCGUCGACGGAUUUGUCAAUGAUUGCAUUUUGUUUUUGGCCGAAAUCCUUGAUGUCCCUUUCGUCUAUUUAAGCUGUUUGGCCCCUCCACCGUGGCUUUUGUAUCAAAUCGGCUCACCAUUGGCUCUAGAACAAUUUCCAAAUCCUGUAGGACAUCGAGAUAAGAUGAAUCUUUGGCAGCGUUUGUUCAACAGUGUAACGACUGUUCUUGCUAUUUACAUUCACCGUUGGCUUAUUUUACCUCUCAUCGAAAACGUGGCAUCCCAGACGCUGGGAAUCAACAAUUUAACGUCUAUUGUGGAAAUCGAAAACCGUUAUUUGAGUUUACUAUUAGUCAACAGUCAUUUUAGUGUCAAUUAUCACCUGCCAACCGCUUCGGCUGUCGUACAAGUCGGUGGGAUUCAUAUGAGUGGAAAGCGAGAAUCAACCAAAUUAUCCAAGGAAUUGGCUGCAUUUCUAGACGAUUCGGGUGAUGCUGGAUUUAUCAUUCUCAGUUUUGGUUCCAUGAUACGGAGUGAUGGACUUCCAAAACAAUUCCGUCGAAUUUUCCUGUCAACUUUUGCCCGGUUACAGCAGCGCGUCAUCUGGAAAUGGGAAAACAACAGUAUAUUCGAUGAAGCCGGGGAAGCAAUCCCGAAUAAUGUUAAAACAAUUUCCUGGUUACCACAACGAGAAUUGCUAAGCCACCCUAAAAUUCGAUUAUUCAUUUCACAUGGUGGUCUGUUGAGUCAGUUUGAAACUGUUUAUCACGGCGUUCCGUCCAUUUGUCUGCCUGUCUGGGCCGAUCAUCCGAUCAAUGCCCAGAAAUCCGAAGACGAUGGAUACGCAAUCCGUAUAAAUUGGGGUGAUCUAACCGAAGAAAAGCUUUACAAUGCCAUCCAGCUCAUGCUUACCAAUCCGAGCUAUAGCCAAAGGGUGAAACAAGUUUCUGCACUAAUGCACGACGAGAUAAACAAUCCACUGGAUCGAGCUAUUUUCUGGAUCGAAUACGUCAUUCGUCACCAAGGCGCACCUCAUUUACGUAAUGCUUCGCGCGAACUUGCUCUUCCACAACGGGCCCUUCUCGAUGUUUUGUUAAUAUUGUUAGUCGCCAUUUUUGCCGUUGCUUUUAUUGCAUUGCGUCUAUUUCAUUUUUGCUAUUCUCUAUGUCGCCGGAAAAAGAUUCCUGUUGCAGCAAACAAGAAAGAAAAUUAA